GCAUGUCAUUAUAAUAAUUAUAGCUAGAUUGAUCUCUAUAAAGGAUAAUGGCAACCUUUAUGAUUCUGCUAGAUCUACUACUUUUUACUGCGGUAUAUAUAGAUCUAGUUUGCGUUUUGACUGUGCAUGGACAAGAGUUGAUGUGCAAUGAAAAUGAACUGAUUGGUUUUACUGGUGGGACAAAUAAGUCUACAAAUUAUUGUCAGCAGGGAUCAGGAGGGACUCAGCAGAACCUGAAACUUUGCCCUCCUAUGGAAAUUGUGAAUCAAAUCAUUGGAGUUGAUAAUCCUAUUCUAUUUGUAACAUGCCUUGCUAAAGAAGGAGCGAGAGUCUUUGUGACAGCAGAAUGUGGCUGUGCCCAUGGAUUUAGGUUUGACAGCGGGGGAAGAAAUUGUGUUCAGAGCAGUACUGCUAGUCCAGGCCUUAACAUAGUAUAUGUAAGACCUGAUGAGACUAACAGAAACCGACAUACAACUGUAUUCAUUGAGAACUUUGGUGUGUUUAGUAGUCUUGAAAUUUCAAUUCAAUGCAUAGUACGAAGGGAAGACAUUUUUAAUGAUGAAGAACUAGAGCGGUUCAAUUUUACUGUCAGAUACACUACGGCUAUCAAUCGACUUGGCCCUCCAACUGAUGUUAAUACUGCUAUUGAAGAGAAAUCCCUAACACUCUCAUGGCAACCACCUCUCAUGCUUUCUUCUGAUACUAAUUGCUACAAGAUAUCAGUUAAUGUCACUGGAUCUCGGGAUCCUCAAAACAUACUCACACAGUUUGUGUCCAAUUGUACCUAUAACACAACUUAUACACUCUCUUUAUCCUCCAUUGGCAUUAAUCGGUGCAAUGGAGAUUAUUUUGUUGAAGUAAGCGUUGCUGGAGUAAGCUUUGCACAGGUGGAAGGCGAUUUUGCAAGAAUAACAGAAACGAUAUCAUCUAUACAGAAUUGCUCUGUGACAGCUAUCAAUCGGCUUGGUCCUCCAACUGAUGUAAUCGCUAAUAUUGAGGAGAAAUCACUAACACUCUCGUGGCAACCACCUCUCAUGCUUUCUUCUGAUGUCAUGCUGUGCUACAAGAUAUCAGUUAAUGUUACUGGAUCUCUGGAUCCCCAAAACAUACUCACACAGUUUGUGUCCAACUGCACUUAUAACACGACCUAUAAUUUUUCUUUUUCUGCCAGUGGAAUCAAACAGUGUAAUGAAGAUUACCUUGUUGAAGUACAUGUUGCUGGAGUGGACAUGUCACAGGUGGAAGGCGAUUUUGCAACAAUAACGAAAUUAAUAUUAUCGACACAGAGUUGUUUGGUGACAGGGAAUGAUGAGCCAAGUACCAGUGGAUCUGUAACAACUAGACAUGGCAAUGCACAAUCUGAUUCUGAUCUGAUAAUUGCAAUUUCUACUACAACUCCUGCUGUAGCUCUAGCUUUGGGAGUUUCAGCUGCACUGGUCAUAAUACUCUUGCUAAUGAAAAAACAAGGAUUAAAAACCACUCCUCAUCAAGACGUAGACCUGAAAGAAAAUGGAGCCUAUGGCAUAAGUUUAUCAAUAAGAAUCAAUGACGCAUAUGGCUGCACUUCCAAUGAAGAACAGCACAUCUAUGAAGAAAUUGUUGGAAGCCGAGUGGAACCUGAGGCCCAUGGAAGUGCAUAGAAUGAAGCACACACAGACAGAAUACAAUUAUAAGCACAAUAAUUAUUCACAUCAAUUUCAACUGAAAAACAUCUGCAUGCGUGUUUGCUACUUCAUAAUGCAUGCACAAUCAUAACUAGCUAUAA